AUGGACACAAAGGGUAGUCAGAACCUGUCCCCAUGCAACUUGGCUUCAAUACCAUUGACUGAAGAAGACGGAGUUGUUUAUAUUGCUAUCAAAGGGUCUCUGCAUGCAAAUGAUUGUUCUGUUUUUGGACUAGGAGAAGAAGAGAUAAGAGCUCUGUCCAAAAAGUUUCCAGGAUCUGGUGUAGUGGUGAAUGGUGUUUCAAUAAAAUCAAAUGUUCUUGAAACCCUGAAUUCAUUGGGACAGCUUGGCUACAAAAUCAUUUCAAGCACUGGCGAGACUGAGAUCACUUGGACCCUUCAGCGCAUCAUAUAA